UUGUUGUGUUGCAAGAAAAACAAUAUUUUUCUCUUGCCGGGUAAUCCGUCAAUUUAGUCGAAUGGAAUAAAAUAUUUUAGCGGUAUGGCAAUCCAGAAGUGGAAGUCAACUUAAACCAAUCAUUUUUAAACACAUAGGCUCGUUUAUUUAAACAGAAAUCAAGUUCGCUUCCAAAAAAAACAGCUUUUGUGGUCUUCGGUGGAGCUUACAGUCUGAAGAUGAAUUCGGAAGGUCUUCUCAACAAGUCUUUGAAGGUUGGAAUAAGCGGCUGCACCAUUGUGCCUGAUUUUGCCGGUAACGACUGUCGGCAUGCUGGAGCCAGGAAGGCAAAUUGCAAGUUUGCUGCAACUGUAGAUUCUCCCAAAUUACCAAGUGCUGCUUCCACUGGACGGUUUUUAUGUGCACUAUUUCUGGACAACGGAGGCGCUGCGAAGGAGUACCGCAGCGAAGACGUCGCGUUCAGUGGAACUGUUGUAACGACAGAGGGCAAAGAAGAACGACUGAAUAAAGGUCCGGGUACGGACAGGGGAGUCCAGGACAGGAGACGGGACCUGUCGCCACAGGACGCGGAGGUCAGGGGUCAGCACCCAGCAGGGCGUGGCCUCCGCACGUGCACCUCCUCGCUGAUCCUCGUGCCCGUGCACAGGGCAACAGAAGGACAUGCAGACAGAGAAGUGAUGGCAGCUGCUGCCCUGACGUCUCUCUCCAGCACCAACCCCCCGGUGCCACCCCCAAAUACAGCUGCAGUUCCUGGAUCCUCCAGCAGCCUUUCCGGGAGCUGCAGCAGCUCCACCAGUGGGAACUGGAGCUGGGAUGCCAGCGACCAAUCGGUGCCCUCCACGCCUUCGCCCCCUCUGUGCAGGGACGUCAGCAGGGGCUCGCUGCCCUUGUCUCCGGGCGACGGCUUCACAGAGGAGGCGGAGACCACGCACUUCCUGUUUGAGGACCCCAUUCCCCGGAAGAGGAAGAACUCCAUGAAGGUGAUGUUUAAGUGUUUGUGGAAGAACUGCUCCACUGUGCUGAGCUCCUCUUCGGGGAUCCAGAGACAUGUGCGCACCCUUCACCUGGGGAGGAACGGAGACUCGGAGGACAGUGAAGGGGAGGAGGAUUUCUACUACUCUGAGAUGGAGGUGAAUGUGGACACUCUGUCAGAGGGCCUGUCCUGCCUCGCACCCGCCUCUCCGACCACGCCCGCGUUCCGCAAGGCCCUGCCCAUCUUCUCCUGCCCGCCUCCGUCCCAGCGUGCCGAGCUCCACUGCACCUCCCCCCUCAGCCAGUCAGCGCCCUCUGCCCUCUGCCACAUCCGCACUGACCACACCUACCAGGCGACGGCUCUGGUGAGCAUCCCCGGGACAGCGUCGGCGUUCCGGCCGAACGACGGCUGCACCAGCCUCUCCUGGCAGCCGCCCCCCUCGACUCCGCCCACCCAGAUCUGCAGUGUUAAGGUGACAGAGGUCAGACAGCCAAUCCAACAGGCCCCUGUCACAAAGCCCCACCCCCCUGCCCUGCCCACAGCCAGGCCCUCCUCAGGAAGCAGGAAGCUGCGCGGCGAGGCCAGGAAGUGCCGCAAGGUGUACGGCUUGGAGAAGAAGGACCUGUGGUGCACAGCCUGCCGCUGGAAGAAAGCCUGCCAGCGCUUCACCGACUGAUGCCCCCUGCUCC